CUCAGGUCUUUCAGUCCGUCCGCGAUGCCCGGCCCGGUCUUGCCCAUGGACGUGGCAGUGCGCUUCUACAUCAGCCACUCUCCUCCUCCUCUCAGGGGCUUCCUCGGCUCCUACGAGGCCCCCCGCCGUCGGAGCAAGCGUGAGCGGGCGACGGCGCUCAGGCCCUGCCUUCAGAGGGCGGCGGCGCUGGACGAGGGCUGGAGCGCCAGAGGCCAGAAGAAGAAAGUGGUGUUCGCCGACUCCAAGGGAAUGUCGCUCACCGUCGUUCGUGUCUUCUCUAAGAACGAGGAGGAACGUUGCGGCGGCGCCGGCGAGGAGCUCCAGUUCGACAUGAGCGACUUGGAGAACGCGGCCGCCGAGCUGAAGAUCCAGCCGGCCCGUGGCUUGGCGCUUGACUUCAAGCAGCCCUCGGCCGACUACCUGGACUUUCGGAAUCGUCUGAUCCGGGACUCGGUCUGCCUGGAGAACUGCUCGCUGCAGGGGCGCUCGCUCACCGGCACCGUCAAGGUCCGCAACGUGAGCUUUCAAAAGUCCGUGCUGGUGCGGGCCACCUACGACUCGUGGGCCAGCUUCGUGGACGUGGACUGCACAUUCAUGAACAACGUCUACGGCGCACACGACACAGACACAUUCGCCUUCGUGGUGGACCUGCCCGAGGACAUCCCGCCGCAUCACCGCGUGGAGUUCUGCGUACGUUUCCAGGUCCCUGACCGGACCUUCUGGGACAACAACGAUGGCAAGAACUACACCCUCAAACACGCAGGCUGGGCCAGCACUCAGGAGGACGUGAAGCCUGCCGCCAAGAUCCCGGAGAUGGACCCGGAGCAGCUGGGGAGUCCCCGCAUGUGCAGCGGCUUCUUCCCGGGCUGGCAAAGCUGGAACCACGCCGUUCCCUACUGGUGA